AUGGAUUCGCCCAGGGUUGCAGAUAGACUCGCACGCAUCCGAGAGAAUCAACGAAAGAGCCGUGCCGAAAGACUGGCGCAUACUCGCGAGUUACAGCAGAAACUAAUCUCUCUACAGGAGCGAAUCCGUCAGAACGAUGUUGAUCAUCGACUGGCGGUCCAAGGCCUCGAGGCAGAGAAUCAGAGACUGAGAAGUUUAUUGUCGGAUGUGGGCUUAUCGUCCACCGCAAUCGAAGAGUAUCUGGAAAAAACCGGGGAUGACCCAAGCCCCACGCAGAAGAUCGCCAUUCCCAGUCUCCCUCGAUCUGAGUCUGGCGUGGAGGCUCAAUCGUGUCGUGGCCGUGCCCAGCAGACUUGUCGUUCUGAGACCGCUCCUGAUACUGUUAGAUUAUCGCCACCUUCAGACUCGAAGCCGGCCCAUAAAUCGAGAGAGUCUACAGUCAAGAUCAAGGGUCAGUCGAUGGAGAAUGACCGAGAGAAAUCCCACGGCCAGUCAGUGUGUGGCUGCCUACCCGAUCAAACCGGAACGUCAUGGCCGGAUAGUAAAAGUGGCGAUGUCCUGAAUACCACUCUCUGCGCCAUCGCCGACGAACUCAUCACACAGUACAACACGCGGGGUGUCGAGCUAGACGAGAUUCGACGCAAGCUUUGGGCGGGCUUCUCCAAGGGUCUCACCACGGAGGAGGGCUGCAGAGUACAGAACCGGAUUCUGUUCCAAGUUCUUGACGAGAUUAGCGACAACUAA